GAGAAAGAACGUGGAACCGUACUGUGAAGAACAAGACAGUUUGAAGUGUUAUCAUCAGAAGGCGUAUGGGGUUUGUGCUAUAGGACAUUAUACGGGACAUUUACCACCACAUGAACAAUAUUUCAAAGGUGCACCUAAUGUAGGUGGUACUGGUUCAUUGAUGGAUAAAUGUCCUAUCAUUCAG